CUAAAUCAGGCUUGGCCGCCUACGGGGAUGCCCGAGGCUCUUUCCUCCCUCAUCACCACGACUUUCUUGCGUGGACGUAUAAAGGGCGGUGAGGAGAUUGCGGGGAGUCGAUAACGUGGGAGACCAGAAAAACGGAGGAUCGGAAACCUCAGCCGGAUGUCGUUUACAGAGAGUGUCGCUAUCGCGCUGUACGACUGGCACUCCACUAGAGAAAAGCCUGUCCCUCCCUUUGUCUCCGCGACGAUGGCGCCUUCAGGACCCCCACCAGCAAAACGGGCCCGGACGUGCGCUCACGGCUCGCUGACCCUUCGCGGGGGGAGCGCUAUCGACAAGCUCCCCAACGAGGUCCUCUCCUCCGUCUUUGUCUUCGCGACUCACGCCCACGCCCAUCAUGACACCUACGACAACGACACCUACGAUGACCAUCCUGAUGAGACUGACGACGACUCUCAGACGCCGACACAUGACGCGACGACCUCGACACUAACACCAACGGCUUCUGCUCCCACUACCCUCUCCCACGUCUGUCAUCGAUGGAGGCUGGUGGCGCUUUCCACAGGCUCACUAUGGACGAAGCUGGAGCUUACGUUCCCCACGUCACCAGCGCAGAUCACACGCACUAUGACCUGGAUCCAGCGUUCGCGACAUCACCCGCUUGACAUCACGCUCGACCUACGGGACGAGGACUGGGACUUUGAGAGCGAGGAGAGGCACGGAUUCAGCGCGGCCGACAUGGUGUCGGUGCUGCGGCUGCUGUCUCCCGUGAUGCGGCGCUGGAGGAGAGUGGAGGUAUUGACGGACACCUGGGCGCCUAUGUUCACGUUCCUGACGUAUACCCACGGGAUGGGCGCCUCUCUUCUCAGGUUGGAGUCUCUGCACCUUGCGAGGUGUAACGAGUACUUUGCCCGCAAGGGCGAGGUGUUCGAGCCUGCUGCACUAGGGGAACAUGUGGCCCUCUUUGACGCCGGCGGGAUACUUCCAAAGCUGAGGGAGGUACAGCUGACCGGCGUCCACAUCAACUGGUCUCACCACCCGUUCCUCAAUCUCACGAAACUCGACUUCAAGUACCAGGCCGCCGAUGUCAUGCCGACGAUCGCACAGUUCGCGUCGAUCCUCGCCACCAGUCCCGCGCUCGAAACGCUCUCUAUUGUCGGCCACGCCCCGCAGCUGCUGGACACGGACACUGAGAUAAUCAAGCUCGCCCAUUUGCGGAACUUCACGUUCGGCUUCGUCGACGUGUCGCACGCCAUCCGGUUUCUUUCCUUACUGGAUAUUCCCUCCCUGCGGAGCUUUAGCCUCGAGGACGUGUCGAGCUCCUUGCGGGAACAGACAGCCGGGAGUGCGGCUACGCUGUUACAGUGGCUGGCCGGCAGCUGCGAGUUCGCUCCAAGCCAUCUGGAUUCUGCUCCCGGCAGCAUUUCGCGGACCCGAAUCCCGCUCUCGCAGGUCAAGACCCUCACGCUCCAUUCUCUCGAUGCUUCGCCGGUGGCGUUUUCACGCUUCUUUGCGGCAUGCCGCACAACGGCCCGGUUACGCAUUUGGGAUGUCUCGGGCGAUGUGCUGGAUGUGCUGCGACAGGACGCUGAUGUGGUUCUUCUGCCCGAUCUCCAGACUCUCAUGGCUCGAGGAGUGGAUUCUGACUCGUUCGAUCGUGUGGUCGACGAGCGCGGGAUCUCGCUCUCCCGUGCCCGUCUUGAAUGUGCGCGUCCGGACAGAUUCUCCCAUGAUGAUGACUCGGACUAUCAUGGGGGAAGCCCGAGUCAGAGCCAAUCAUGCUGAGCUUCGAUUCCGAGCUGCUUCGGACAAAGAGAUGUCGACUGUCUCUCGCUUGGCAAGUGGCUGCCUUGUCCCCAUCGCUGUGCUUUGUUCCUCGUUUGCUUCCCUCCAUGCUUUGUCCUGCUUUAUUCUGUACAUCAUGCAUUCCACUCUCCUUCCUUCUGUCCAUAGUCAUCACCGCAUAUCAAACGAUCACAUCCCGCAUUGUCAUGAUCACUCGCAUAUGCAUCUCCAGUCUGUAUAAAUUGCACAAUCUGUUCACAUCCGCCGUCUUUCCCCGAUCAACAUCGCACAUGUCUAAAAUGACAUCUGUGAUGGAUUCGGACACUGCGCCACAUUCCUCCGAUGAUUCAUCUGCCCACAGCUCUGGGAUUCAUGUCGAGUGGUCGCGGUUCAUGGUUCGAACGAUAAAAAAUAUUCUUCUUUCGGAGGAGACAAAAUCAUCCCAGAUGCCGAAAAAGAUGGACGAGAUCCUUCAUCCCGUGACUGCAUCAAUGUCCUCCACACAAAUUCCCCCCGAUUGCAUGUCUAAUUCGCGACAUCGCCGCGAACCGGAGUGCAGCUCGCUUUCGAAGGACAGGAUUUGACGUUCCGACAAUUGUGGCGAGUGAAGCCUGGUCAUUCCCAGGGGAAGGAUCGAAACUCGGAAAUCAAUAGCAACAGCGAAACGUCCGCUGUUUUCUCCAAGACUAAACAGGCAUGGGUAUUCGACACUUGUGUUUUCAGUGCGUGUGCUCUUUUCGUUAGCCAGUUGUGCGCCUGUGAUAUCCUUUUCAUGAUCGCAUCCACAUCUGCGCGCCGUUUAUACAACGCGAAAAGGCUCCUUGAUACGUCCUUACGAUACCGUACGGCACGGCCAAAUUUUUACUACGAAUUUCCUAAAUCGAAGCUCGGGUUCCUGAGGAAAAGAUGAGGGGAAAAGCGAUUAUGCAGUGCAUAGUGGUGCAGCUCCGACUAAACUCAAUUGUUCAGAAAGAGGACCAUUUGUAUUCCACCAUUUCUAUGGCCCUUUUUGAAAAAAAAAAUAGCUUC